AACUUUGUACAUUUGGAAAACAUUUUAAAAGGCCCAUCGUAAGUAUCACUCCUUUGGGUACGGAGACUGGGGGAGUACAUCCUGAAAAUAAAAACAUUGAACCAGAAACCAACACUCGUUCUUUGCUUCAAAAAGAAAAGAUAAAAAAAACACUCACCAGUCAGAAAGAAUUGGUAUGUUUCGAACAACAAAUUCAUUCAGUAUAGUGUUAAUAGAUGAGACGAACCCAAAUACUCUAUCAAUCGUAUCUUCAUCUUCAAACACAACAGCAAAUCAAGUUUCUCGAUUUCCAGGUUUGUAUUCAUUCCCAAAUUUAUUCCAUUAAACCCCACUCUGAUAAACCCUUUUCUACAAACCUAGAAUUUCAACAUUCUAAUGAAAAACCCAUCUCAUAUACUGAAUAUUCAGACCUAAUUUACAAAACCCACGCUCUGAUUAAUCCCUCUGUAAUUGUAAAAUCUCUUUCUCACAAUCUUUCUUAUCUCUGGGAGAAUCAGAAAAAUGAGAACUUUGUUCAAGUUUCAUCUCUUAAAGAAAUUCUUCUAAAACUCUCUGAUAUAUCACCUGAAUCUAUACGUGGGUUUUGGAGGGUUUCGGGUUUGAGACCUCAUGAUGUUCAUCAGAUUUUAUUGGGUUUCAAUUUUGAUUGUGGGAAUUUUGCAAAUGAAAAGGAAAAGGUGGGAUUUUUAUGGGAAUUGUUUAAUCUUGCUUCUCAGGAUUUUCAGCAUUUGCCACAAUCAUAUGUUAUCAUGGCUUCCAUGCUUAUCAGGGUUGGGUUGCUCAAAGAAGGUGAGUCUGUUCUUAGGAUUAUAGAGCCUCUGGGGGUUUUAUCAGGUUGUCAUGACAUCUCCAGUGAGUUGAUUGAAGGGUAUGUUAGAACUAGAGACUUAGAAAGUUCAGUUUCGGCAUAUAAUUGGUUGAGAAGUCAAGGUUUAGUCUUGUCUAAUUUGUGUUAUAAAGGUUUUAUUGAGCUUUUGAUUGAAAUGAACAAGAUACAAGUAGCAUAUAAGGUGUUUGUUGAUAUGGUUGAUGUUGGGAUUGGACCUAAUGACGCGGGGAAGUGCACGUUAGAAGUUAUUGUAAAGUCAUUGUGCAAGGAAUGGAAGAUUCAGAAAGCUAGAAAUCUGGUUAAGAAGGUUAUAUCAACUGGUUUCAAACCUAGUUAUGGAGUAGUUAAUUUGAUAGCCAAUGGAUACUGCGAAAAGAAAGAUUUUAAGGAUUUAUUGAAUUUUUUGAGUGAGAGAAAGUGUGCACCGGAUCCGGCAGUUUGCAAUAAGAUUUUACAGUCUCAGUGCAGGGAUUUUGGUACAGAAGAAGCUUACUUGUUUAUGAGGGAAUUGGAGCAUUUAGGCUACAAACCUGAUGAGAUAACAUUUGGCAUCUUUAUAAGUUGGAGUUGUCGAGAGGGGAAGCUGAAAGAUGCUUUUAUUUAUCUUUCAGAACUUUUGUCUAGACAAUUAGAACCUGAUAUUUAUUCUUAUAAUGCUCUCAUAGCUGGGUUGUUUAAGGAGGGCAUGUGGAAAAAUGCGAAAGAAGUAUAUGAUGAAAUGAUUAGGGGAAGGAUAAUACUUGAUGUAUCUACUUGCAAGGUUCUCUUAGCUGGUUACUGUAAAUCUAGACGAUUUGAUGAAGUGAAAGAAGUUAUUAAGGAGAUGGUUAAUCAUGGUUUAAUUCAGUUAUCUAUGGUAGAGGAUCCUCUGUCGAAGGCGUUUACAAUUUUGGGUCUCGACCCAUUGACGACAAAAGUGAAGAGAGAUAAUGAUGCUGUUCUUUCGAAAGCAGAAUUCUUCGACAAUCUUGGAAAUGGUUUAUAUCUAGAAGCAGAUGUUGAUGAGUAUGAGAGGACUUUAAUGGGGGUUCUAAAAGAUGCAGUGAUAUCUGACUUUAACCCUCUGAUAUUAAAGGAAUGUGAUCUCCCUGAUAUAAAAGCUGCACUGGUGUUGACAGACGAUAUUGUUCGUCGAGGGAAGCAUCCAUCUUUGUCUGCAUUCUCUGCACUGGUGAAAGGCCUUUGUGAAUCCGGCUUGCGUUCUGAUGUUGUUACAGCUAUCCAUCUAUUAGAAGAAAUGCCAGACCAUGUUUACCGGUUGGAUGUGGAAACUUUGAAUUUUCUUAUUCGUGCUAUUAGCAAAAUAGAUGACUGUCAAAGGGGGAGAAUACUUUUGGAGGGGAUGCACCAAAGAAGUCUGGUAGUUGAGAACAAAACAUAUGGGGCUCUGUUUAUUGGCUUCUGUAAGAAAAAGAGCGUAAAAGAAGUUCAUGAAUUUUUUGAGCUUGCUCGAAGACAUAAAUGGUUGCCCAGCUUGAAGGAUAGCAAGUCUGUUGUGAGAUAUCUAUGUCAGCAGGAAAUGUUUCAAGAAAUGUUAGGGCUUUUGGAAAGCAUGUUAGAUGCAAAUAGUCACCUAAUUUCUGAUUUAAGUAAUGUGUUUCUUGAAGAGCUUUGUGAUUUGGGUUUUACAAGCAUUGGCCAAGCUCUUGUAGAAGAAGUUCUAAGAUGGGGAUUAGUCCUGGAUCGCACAGCUUACAGUCAUCUAAUAAGAGGGUUUUGUCAGGAGGGAAGAUUUCUCGAAGCCUUUUCAAUUCUUGAAACUUUGGUAGAAAAGGGCAUUACUCCAAGUGUGGAUGCAUAUGGUUUGUUGAUCUAUCAGCUAUGCAGGUUCGACAAAUUGGAAAAAGCUAGGGCUUUGAAGGAGGUCAUGUUGAGAGAGGAAUCAACUGCAUCUUUAUCUGUAUAUGGUGCAUUUGUUGAUGGCUUAUCCAAGAAUCAUCAAAUUAGUGAGGCAACCCUCCAAUUCCAAGAAAUGGUGGCAAAGGGAAUCUACCCCAAAACUGGGACUUAUAAUGCAAUGAUUCAGGGGUAUUGUCGAGCAGACAAUUUGAGAAAAGUAAGGGAACUGGUUAGUAACAUGGUUAGGAAAAAUAUCUGCAUCUCUAUCUCGAGUUACCGUGAUUUGUUGAGAUUGAUGUGUUCUCAAGGUAAAGUGCUUUGUGCAUUGAAACUGAAAGAUUACAUGGUGACGCAAGGCUAUUCUUCACUGCAUGUCUUCUAUAAUAUACUGAUCUUCCAUCUUUUAAGAAUUGGGAAUAUCUUACCUGUUACAUCACUUCUAGACGAAAUGCACAGGAAAGGCCUUUACCCCGAUGAAUUCACAUACAAUUUUCUCGUGUAUGGCUAUUAUAAAUGUCGCGAGUUCCCAAAAUCAAUGGUUUUUCUUAAGACGAUGAUUGAUAAGGACCUAAGACCGAACAAUCGCAGUCUGAAAUCCAUGAUCACUCAUCUUUGUAGUCAAAAGGAGCUCGAUGAGGCAUUGGAGUUGAGUAGAAUAAUGGAAUUUAAUGGCUGGAAUCAUGGUUCAAUUAUUCAAAAUGCAAUUGUAGAAGGUCUUCUCUCUAAAGGUAGAAUUGCUGAAGCUGAAGAUUUUCUUAAGCGAAUGGAAGAGAAGGGUCUUAAUCCCAAUAAGAUCAACUAUGAUAUACUGAUCAAACAGUUUUGCUGGCACAAGAAACCAAAUAAAGCAACUGAUCUUCUGAACGAGAUGCUGAAGAAGGGAAACCUCCCGAACUCUACCAGUUAUGAUGCUCUCAUCCAUGGUCUCUGCACCCGCAAAAAGUUUGAUGAAGCGCUGGAUUUACAUGCGGAGAUGCUUGGUUGGAAUUUGGAACCGAGUAUUAAGUCACGGGAAAUUCUUGUUCAAGGCCUCUGCACAGAGGGGCAAACUGUUGAAGCUGAAAGGCUAUUACAUUGCAUGCUUCAAUUAGGGCAAACUCCAAGCAGGACUAUCUUCCAGCAUAUCAUCGAUAGGUAUUCCUUAGAGAAUUGUCACAGCAAAGUAUCUGAGCUUUUGAUUAAGAUGCAAGGAAAAGGUUAUGUACCAGAUUUCAACACUCAGUGGUCGCUUAUAAGCAACUUAAGUAAUUCAAAAAAGGAAAAUGGCGAAAGUGGAGGCUUUCUGUCAAAUCUUCUCUCAUUGAGUGGGUUUUCACAGAAGAAAAAAUCUAACGUCAAAGUAGAAAAAUCAGCGCACUAGAUUCUAAUGCCACUUCAUUUGGCACAUCUCAUGGAGAAGCUCACAACCCUGACUGGCCCAAUGGUUAUUGCAGUAAAUGGGUAAAUAUGAUAGGUGGUCUGGGAAACUCAACAGACUGCCAAGAUUGUUCUUCCUCCUCUGCAGAUGAUUCAAUUGAGAAGAUAUAAGGGCUGACCUAGGAACAUUGGGUGACUAAUUCAUGCCUCAAUUGACAAUUAAUAGUCAUGAAAGUAUUGGAGCCCUGAAUGAUACACCAAGCUCUCUAAAAGAGGAUUCUUCCUUGCCCUUGGGUACUGCAUUGAACAUCCUACACAUUUUAUUAGAUGUUUACUCUGGGUUAUAUUUAUUUUUUACCGAGGGCUUUAGAUAUUUGAAUUUCGAACAAAUCCACAAAUUGUUGGCAUUGUCGAGCUACUUUGGGUCUGGAAAGAGACGUUGAAAAAGUUGCUGGCUGAUCAUAUUCGAAUUCACAGUGUUCAUCAUCCAAAGGGAUAAGAUUUACUCUUUGAAUGCUAAAACUAAAACAAGGACUUGUACUAGACAAGACGGUACAGCACUGGUUACUUUAUAAAUUGGCGUGGGCGAUGGCUGUUGAAUUUAGUCAUUCGGGGCGAUGGCUGUUGAAUUUAGUCAUUCGGGGCGCAGACUAGCAGCAGACGGUUGGUGGUUGGUGAGGACUUCAGGUUCAAGGUUUUCUGAGCCCCUUUAAAACGUUUAACUUCAGGUUCAACCUCAUUCUCUCAAUAUUAUUGGUCUAUGAAUAAACUUGAUUUACAAGGCAUACCAGUUAAUCAAUAAUUUAAUUUUUAAAGAGUGAUCUUAAACUUAUAUUCUACUCGAUUCAACUUGGGUUCCCAAUCCCGUGCAAACUGAUUCACUAGUCUGCAAGGAAAAAACCCAUCUGGUGCUACUCUCUUGAGGAGAAUCAGCUCUUCGAUCAUUAAACCACUGAAACAUUGAUCUCUAGAUUAUGCAGCUGCAGCAAAUGGUUCUCAGAGACAUAGAUUUUGCCUAAACACUUACUAGAAUGGGUUUCUAAAAUAGAUAUGGUCCUGAAUGGAAUUUUUUUUGCUCCCACGCUGCUCCAGCAGUUUUGAUCUAGUACCAUCACAAUCAAACAUGCGAACUUUUCAGCAACUAUCACAGUAUGUCAAAUGCCUGGCUGUGAAUCUUUGAUGCUGCUAGAUCAACUGUUCUUGAACGG